UCACAUUCAAAUGUGACGUAACACGAUUUGGUCCUCCUUUGCGCGAACAGUUGAUGCUGAGGCAGAGAGGGAUCUGCGCGCGGUCAAACCCAGCUCUGAUUUCCACUGCAUCCAAAGGUGUGUGACACUGUUGAGGUUGGAAGUGCAAUGGCGUCCUCUGGAGACAUUCAGGUUAAGGAACUGGACAAGCGUGCCUCAGGACAGGCUUUUGAAGUCAUCCUGAGUCCUACGGCUCCAGAUGCCAAAGGAGAAUUCCCACUUUCCACCCCCAAGAAGAAGGAGGUAUCUCUGGACGAGAUCCAGAAAAAACUGGAGGCGGCAGAGGAAAGACGCAAGAACCACGAGGCAGAGGUCCUGAAGCACUUAGCUGAGAAACGAGAGCAUGAGAAGGAAGUCCUUCAGAAAGCAAUGGAGGAGAACAACAACUUUAGCAAGAUGGCAGAGGAGAAACUAAACCAGAAAAUGGAAGCCAACAAAGAAAACCGCACAGCACGCAUGGCAGCUCUGAAUGAGAAAUUCAAAGAGAAGGACAAGAAGCUCGAAGAGGUACGAAAGAACAAAGAAACAAAAGAUGGGGCAGAGGGUGAAAACUAAGUUUCCGCUCUCAUUUUCCUUUUCAUUUAGGGUAUAGCAUUGUUUUUUUUUAAUGCAUCCAAAGAUUUCUUUUUUGUUCCAUUAAAUUGGCCAGUUUUCCGUGUUUGGAUCCAUGUACUUGCCACUUUUUUAUUAAGGGGUUUUGGGGAAAGCUGAUGCACAACAUUUGAUCAGUUUAUGUGUAUUCAGUUCUGUCUUUCAUCAUCCCCACUAACCUGUAGAUUUGUCCAGUUGCAGCUCUAUAGCGUUUAAAAUGAGCAGUGUUUUACUGAUAGGGAAGCAUGCCUGUGUUAUGCAUAGGUCUAUUAUAUACUUGGUAUACUGCAUUGUGCAAGUCCACCUGUUCCCUUGUAUGUCAGUACUGCCAUCCUAUGAGCUUAAUAAAGUUGCACAGUUGUUUGUUAUUGUA